AUGGAGAUCAGUAAAGGAUUAGGAGAAAAUAUUGCAGGACCAUUGCUGCAAUUGGGACCUCCCGCAAUGCCUAAUCAAAUUCAAGAAAUCAGUCAAGCCUUGGCUCACCAAACGCCUAUCAUGAACCCGAUCCCACAAUUGGUAUAUCAGCCCCAACAACCUACAAAUCAGUUGGUGCUUCAUCCCGGACCACCUAUAUCUCAAAUCCCUCCUAAACAACCCGUAUAUCUGGUAAAUAUUGUAGUAUCUUCUAGAACUCAGGAGGAGAAAGAUGAAAUGCGGGAGUUGACUAAUCAAAUGAAGAAGCUUUCCUCUGAAGUUACUUAUCUGCGAAAUCAGAAUAAUCAAUUGCAGAAUAACCAGAGGAAUCAGCAACAAGAGGCAGCUCUAUCCCAUUGGUGCAGGUUACAUAAUACCAACCAACACUCAGAGCUGCAAUGUGACGAAUUUCAGGUGGCAGCUAAUAUAUUCCAACGAGAGGUUGAGAACACAGUAUCUCAACCAGCACUUCCUCCCACCGGAUUUGAGAUAGUUCCAUCACCAAGGUAUGAUACAGCACUUGUCCUAGAAACCUAUAUUCCCCCCUUUUUCUUCCCUAAUCAGGACGAAAAUGAGGUGGCAGACCCAAACCAGCCCGCAGAUGUAAAUGCUUUUCAGCAGUACCAACGCGGCAACCAAGGGUAUUACAACAAUAAUAACCAGAACAGCAAUAAUGGCCCCUAUACUACUUCCACGCCAAAGGAUAUUCAAGUUCCCCCAGAUCAGAAUGCCAAUAAUAACCCAAGUUAUCCCAAGGCACCACAGUAG